GGAGCCAUUUUCUUUCUGAGAGACAAAGGUCGCGCCUGUCACGUAGCCAUAUAGGCACCGACCCAGUACGUCGUGUUCGUGUGCGUACACUGAAUUGUUCGUUCAUGUGCCACGCCGCGGUGGCGAACUCCGGGGAGCAGGAGCACCAGCGGCGGCGGCGGCCUCUCGCCGUUGCUGCCGCCGUCGCCGCCGCCGCCGACGACGACGACGGAGGAGGAGGCCGCGGGCAGCCGCUGCCGGGGGAGCCGCACGCGAUCGACACCGCGGGCGCGGUAUCAUCAUCAUCAUCAUCAUCGGCGGCGGCGGCGGCGCCGUGGCAGAGCAGCAGGCAGUCGCGGGAGAUGUCGGCCAUGGUGGCCGCGCUCGCCAAGGUGGUCGCCGGCUCGGCGCCGCCGGCGGCGGCGGAGGAGCCCGCGCUGGCGCAGGAGGAUGCGUCCAUGGACGAGGCGUGGUGGCCGUACGAGGACCUGCACGUCGCCGAGCCGUCGUCGCCUGCCCGCUUCGUGCUCCACGGCUACGGCGCGACGGAGCCGUCCGAGCAGUACUGGCCUGCGGCGGCGGCUACCUACUCGCACUCGCAGUCGCAGCACGGCGCGGCCUCUGCCGCCACGGAUGACGAGCUCCCGUCCCCGACGUCCGCUGUGGGGGGUAGUACCAGUACGAGCACCAGCAGCAGGGCCAGGGCGGCGGCGCCGGUGCGGAACAAGCGGUACCGCGGGGUGCGGCAGCGGCCGUGGGGGAAGUGGGCGGCGGAGAUCCGAGACCCGCACAAGGCGGCGCGCGUGUGGCUGGGCACCUUCGACACCGCCGAGGACGCCGCCCGGGCCUACGACGCCGCCGCGCUCAGGUUCCGCGGCAGCCGCGCCAAGCUCAACUUCCCCGAGUCCGCCACGCUCCCCUUCUCCACGCCGCCACCGCCGGCUACGGCGACCCACCACCACCAGCAGCAGCCGCCUCUGACUCCAGCCUCGCGCGCGUUGACGACGACGCCGCCGCCGCUAGCCAGGCCGGAGGCGCUGCUGGAGUCGCAGGCGCUCCCCGCCGGCGGAGGCAGCAGGGACCCUUACCUGGACUACGCCAGGUUCCUGCAGAGCGGCGGCGACGGCGGCGGAGGCGAUCCCAGCGCGUCGUCGGGGACUCCAGCUCCGAGUGUUACGCUACCACCUCCUCCUGCUGUUCCUGCUUCGGCGGCUGCGGCGUACGGGUUCGGAGGAGAGGGCGAGACCCUCAGGGGCUACGGCUACCUCUCGCCGCCGCCGCAGAGGCAGAGCAGCGCGGAACCAGGAAACCACCCGCCGGCGGCGUGGGCAGGCUUCUACAGCUCGUCGUACCCGCCGCCGCCGUGGCCGUGGGACCAGUCAGGUUGACCACAGUCAACGCAAAAAAGGGGGCCCGCCCACCCAGGAACUGCUGACGUGUGUUCAGACGAUGGGUGGUGGGCCAGGGCGGCACAAGAGAGGGGAGAGAGAGGCCACGUGAAGCCUCGCUCUCACUGACACGCCGACCCUGUUAUUGCCGUCAACGGCUGUUGCUGUCAAGCCGUGCGGCGGUCAGAGAGUUCAAACGGGAACUGGGGUCGCAUGGACGGCAUGGCAUGGCACGGAACGGCAGCGCGUAAUGGAGGCCCCGUUUUGCUUGGAAAAUAGAUCGACCACGACACUUACAACUGACAGGGCAACAAGGAUUUCUUUUUUUUUUAAUAUUUAUUUGUUAGAUUAUUUUUAUUUGAAUGAACACAUAACACGUGAGUGUUUUCUCGGAAAGUUCCCUAAAUUCAGGUGACGCAUGGUGCAAUCUUAAUAAAAGGCCAAAAAGGCUAAAA